UGUAAAUAAAACCGUUACCCGCCUUUCUCAACAGUCGCCCAGGACCUAAGCCAUAGCUAUGGCCAUGAAAUUACUAUACACUCCUUCUCUCUCACACUCAAAGACCACAACCUUAUUAUUCUUCAGCUCUAAAGGAUCAAUACCCAUUUCGGGCUCAAUCAAUUCCUUCCAAUGGAACCCAAAACGAGACGGGUUUUUGCUUCCGCUGAGGAGGUCAGUGAAGGCUUGUGUGGAGGUGGAACAGAAGAAGAGUGUGACCGAAACGGAUGAAAUUAAGUGGGGGAAAGUUUCUGCAGUGUUAUUUGACAUGGAUGGUGUGCUCUGCAACAGCGAGGAGCCGUCUAGAAUGGCCGCAGUCGACGUGUUUGCUGAGAUGGGUGUCCAAGUCACUGUCGAGGAUUUUUUCCCGUUUAUGGGAACAGGUGAAGCAAACUUCUUAGGAGGUGUUGCUAAUGUCAAGGGAGUUAAGGGAUUUGAUCCUGAGGUAGCAAAGAAGAGAUUUUUUGAGAUAUAUCUAGACAAGUAUGCAAAACCAAAUUCUGGAAUAGGAUUCCCUGGUGCCCUUGAACUUAUCACUCAGUGUAAGAACAAAGGCCUAAAAGUCGCUGUUGCAUCCAGUGCUGAUCGUAUCAAGGUUGAUGCAAAUUUAGCAGCUGCUGGUUUACCAUUUUCUAUGUUUGAUGCUAUUGUGUCAGCAGAUGCGUUUGAGAAUUUGAAACCUGCUCCUGAUAUAUUCUUGGCUGCAGCAAAGAUCUUGAAUGUGCCAACUAGUGAGUGCAUUGUUAUCGAAGAUGCACUAGCUGGAGUGCAGGCUGCCAAUGCUGCAAAGAUGAGAUGUAUAGCUGUGACAACUACGCUGGCAGAAGAGGCUUUAAAAGGAGCUGGUCCAUCCCUUAUCAGAAAUAAUAUAGGAAGCGUUUCACUUGAUGAUAUAUUCAGCGGUGGCUCUGGUUCCUACAAUGAGAAUAUGCUGGGACCUCACAUUUUGCAUAAUUCUGAGCAAAGUUCACCAUCCAUGCUCGAGGAAGGAAAUAGUAAAACAAUGGAUCGGCAAGCUCGUACCAAUGUUGAAGACUUCUCAACUUGGGGGUUGCAGGGUUCUCGGAGAGAUAUGUUAAGAUAUGGAAGUUUGGGCAUUGCUGUUUCUUGUCUACUCUUCACCAUAGCAAACUGGAAGGCAAUGCAAUAUGCAUCCCCUAAAGCCAUUUGGAAUUUGUUGUUUGGAAUUAAGAAGCUACCAAAACCUUUUGAUCAGAAUGAAGGCAACCCAAAUAAUGAAAGAAUCCAACAGUUUGUCAACUAUAUAUCUGAUCUGGAUUCCAAGGGAACAGCUGCAGUUGUGCCAGAAUUCCCAAAUAAUCUAGAUUGGCUUAAUACAGCCCCCCUUCAAUUUCGCAGGGAUUUGAAGGGGAAAGUGGUUCUUCUGGACUUUUGGACCUACUGUUGCAUAAAUUGUAUGCAUGUGCUGCCAGACCUGGAGUUUUUGGAGAAGAAAUACAAAGACACGCCGUUCACUGUUGUGGGGGUACAUUCAGCAAAGUUUGACAAUGAGAAAGAUUUAGAAGCCAUACGCAAUGCAGUAUUACGCUAUAACAUCAGUCACCCAGUCGUGAAUGAUGGAGAUAUGUAUUUAUGGAGAGAGCUCGGAGUAAAUUCGUGGCCUACAUUUGCUAUUGUUGGGCCGAAUGGUAAGCUGCUUGCACAAAUAUCAGGUGAAGGGCACCGGAAGGAUCUUGACAGUCUAGUGGAGGCAGCUCUUCAGUUUUAUGGCAGAAAGAGGAUGCUAGACAAUACACCACUGCCCCUUAGUCUGGAGAAAGAUAAUGAUCCUCGAUUAUUCACAUCUCCCUUGAAGUUUCCUGGAAAGCUGGAAAUGGAUGUCCGCAACAACCGUCUAUUCAUUUCUGAUAGUAACCACAACCGCAUAGUGGUAACUGAUUUAGAUGGUAAUUUUAUCACCCAAAUUGGAAGUAGUGGCGACCAAGGUUUACGUGAUGGUUCCUUUGAUGAUGCAACCUUUAAUCGCCCCCAGGGUCUGGCUUAUAAUGCGAGGAAAAAUCUCCUUUAUGUUGCAGAUACUGAAAACCAUGCUUUGAGGGAGAUUGAUUUUGUUAGCGAGACGGUGAGAACCCUUGCUGGAAACGGGACCAAAGGUUCUGACUAUGAAGGUGGAGCAAAAGGAACGACUCAGCUCCUCAACUCUCCGUGGGAUGUCUGCUUUGAACCUUUCAAUGAGAAAGUUUACAUUGCAAUGGCUGGCCAACAUCAAAUUUGGGAACAUAAUACAAUGGAUGGAAUUACAAAAGCUUUCAGUGGGGAUGGCUAUGAAAGAAACUUGAAUGGAUCAAGCUCUACAAACACAUCAUUUGCACAACCAUCCGGAAUUUCAUUAUCUCCCGAUCUGAAGGAAGUAUAUAUUGCGGAUAGUGAGAGUAGCUCUAUACGAGCAGUUAAUCUAAAAACAGGAGGAUCCAGAUUGCUUGCUGGUGGUGACGCAAUAUUUCCGGACAACUUGUUCAGGUUUGGGGACCAUGAUGGUAUAGGAUCUGAAGUACAGUUUCAACAUCCAUUAGGUGUUUUUGGUGCAAAGAAUGGUCAAAUUUACAUUGCAGAUAGCUAUAAUCAUAAGAUCAAGAAGCUUGAUCCGGUUAGUAAAAGGGUCAGUACCGUAGCAGGGACAGGGAAAGCUGGCUUUAAAGAAGGACCUGCACUUACAGCUCAGCUCUCAGAGCCAUCAGGAAUCAUUGAAGGGGAAAACGGAAGACUUUUCAUAGCUGAUACAAACAACAGCAUGAUCAGAUAUCUAGACUCAAGUAGGGAACAACCUGAACUUCUUACUUUAGAACUAAAAGGAGUUCAGCCACCUGCACCGAAAUCCAGAAUGAAACGACUAAGAAAGCGAUCACUAGCUGAAGUAAAUACCAUUACUGUAGAAGGUGGUUCAUCCAAUGAAGGGAACAUAUACCUUAGCAUAGCAUUACCUGAGGAGUACCAUUUCUCAAAGGAAGCACGCAGUAAAUUCAGUGUGGAAACUGAGCCAGAAAAUACAGUUGUCGUUGAUCCCUCAGAUGGAGUUCUUAGUCCAGAGGGAUCUGCAGCACUUCAUUUUAAGAGAUCCUCCCAGGCAGCUUGGGUAGGAAGAAUAAGUUGUAAGGUAUACUACUGUAAAGAAGAUGAAGUCUGUUUGUACCAAUCCCUUCUGUUUGAGAUACCAUUCAAAGAGGUGGUUCCAGACUCUCCUCCAGGAAACAUCACCCUUGCAUAUGCUGUGAAGCCCAAAACUUCAACAAACAGUUUCCAGCUACAGGUUGCCAACUGACAUCGCCACCAUCUAAAUACUAAAAUACAUUGUGAGUUCCUUGUCAAAUUCUUCAAUGGCACGAUUGGUUACAGUGGACUGGAGAAUUCAAUACAGAGAUAAAAAUAGUUUAAUUGUUAUGCACUGAAGUCCCUGCCUCUAUCAUUCCUAAUCAUCAUUGUGUUUAGGAUAAGCAAGGAAUAGAUUGCUCACAAAGGCAGGCACCCGUGCGCGCUUGUCUUCAACUGGUUGGUGGACUAUGGUGCUUUCUAUUGUUUGAAUUUCUUUAUGCAUAAAAGUAUGCUUUAUUUUGCUUGA